UUUAAGAGGAAUUUUUGGUCUUAAGAGCAAAAUAAAAAUAAAAAAGUCAGAAAAGCCAUAAAUCAUAGAGAAAUGCUGACAAUCUACCACUAGGGGGCGCCUGAGAGAGAAAAUGAGUAAGGGAGGGAGGGAGAGAGAGAGACCUAGACAUUGACUGGGCUGACAGGAGUGAAGGUUGUCCUGCUCAUUUUGCAGUUUCCCCUCUUUCCCAAACCCCUUUCUUUGGCGGACAGACCCGCAUCUGAACCGCACCGGGCGGCUGCGUGCGCGCCGGAGUCCCUGUUCCUCUGCGCAGCCGGACUUGCUCCUGUUGGAUCUAUCGGACAUUCAUGGAUAUCCGAUGGAAAACAGGUGGCUGGUAGAGGUACAGGCCAGUGUAUAGGGUUGAUACAAAAAUAGAAGAAGUGCACUUGAAACACAGACACGUACGUCUCUGAUGCCUCUGGCCAGUGUGAGCUCAUGGUGCCUGCUGGCUUGGAUAAACUAGUGGAGAGGCCGAAGAUUGCUGUGUUUCUUCACACAAUAAAGGCCACACAGGAUGUCGUGGGCCAGAAGCCUCUUUGUACGCAGAGAGGACCAGCAAAAGUCGGCAUGGGGAGAACACAAUGGCAAAAAGAGGAAGGACAACUCGUCACUAUGCAACCCACGUUACAUGAGCUGUUUGAGAGACCAAGAGGACUUAGAGAGCUCUAAUGUGGCCCCCCAGCAUUAUUCCUGCAGCACAGGUAACAGCGGGGGCAACUUUGGCUCGCGUUGUGGCUGGCAGGAGAACCACUAUGGAAAAAGGGUGGUCGGUGGCACUGAUCUGAACUUUGAAGAUGGAGACCUUAAGAACAGCAAGGUGGAGGAAUUAGAGGAGUCAACCGAAGGUAGCUGCAAAACGAUGACUGCAGCAGACUGCUGGAUGCGUUUUUUGUGGGUUUUCCAAUCCAAAAAAUUUCAGUCUACCAAGCUGGAACGCCUCUAUCAGCGCUAUUUCUUCAGACUCAACCAGAGCUCUCUGACCAUGCUGAUGGGAGUACUGGUGGUGGUGUGUGGAGUCAUGCUGGCUUUCCAUUGUAUCCACACGGCACUCAGCGUGGCCUACAUCUCAGUGCUCUCUGUGGCCAUGGCUCUCUUUCUAGCCAUGAUGGUGGUGUGCAAUCGCAACGGCUUCCACCAAGACUACAUGUGGAUCGUGAGCUACCUGGUGAUCGGGUUGCUCAUUGUAGUUCAGGUGUUCGGAGUGCUCAUGGUGUUCCCCCGCAGCGCCUCCGAUGGCAUCUGGUGCACAGUCUUCUUCAUCUACAUAAUCUACACUCUGCUGCCAGUUCGAAUGAGAGCUGCUGUGCUUAGUGGAGCCAUUAUGUCCACCAUUCACACAGUCACCGUGUGGCAGAUUAACCAAGAGGACAAAUUUGUCUUCAAACAGAUCAGUGCCAACAUAUUAAUCUUCCUGUGCACUAAUAUGAUUGGAAUCUGUACGCACUACCCCGCCGAGGUCUCCCAGAGGCAAGCCUUCCAGGAGACAAGAGGAUACAUUCAGGCCAGGCUACACCUGCAGAGGGAAAACCAGCAGCAGGAGCGAUUACUGCUGUCAGUGCUGCCAAGGCACGUUGCUAUGGAAAUGAAGGCUGAUAUCAAUGCCAAGAAGGAAGAUAUGAUGUUUCACAAGAUCUACAUCCAAAAACACGACAAUGUUAGCAUUCUGUUUGCAGACAUCGAGGGAUUCACCAGCCUGGCAUCUCAGUGCACGGCUCAGGAGUUGGUCAUGACGCUGAAUGAAUUGUUCGCUCGCUUUGAUAAGCUGGCCUCGGAGAACCACUGCCUGCGAAUCAAAAUCCUCGGGGACUGUUACUACUGUGUUUCAGGGCUGCCUGAACCUCGGGCCGACCACGCCCACUGCUGUGUAGAAAUGGGAGUAGACAUGAUUGAAGCCAUCUCGCUGGUGAGAGAAGUGACAGGUGUUAAUGUGAACAUGCGGGUGGGCAUUCACAGCGGGCGUGUUCACUGCGGGGUGCUGGGCCUGCGCAAGUGGCAGUUUGACGUGUGGUCUAACGACGUGACGCUCGCCAAUCAGAUGGAGGCGGGAGGGAAAGCAGGACGGAUCCACAUCACCAAAGCCACACUGCAGUAUCUGAACGGGGACUACGAGGUGGAGCCGGGGUUUGGAGGGGAGAGGAACGCUUACUUGAAAGAGCACAACAUUGAAACCUUUUUGGUUCUUGGCUGCAGCCAGAAGAGGAAAGAGGAGAAAGCCAUGAUGGCGAAGAUGCAGAGAGUACGUGCAAACUCUGCAGAUGGGCUGAUGCCACGUUGGGUGCCAAACACAUCAUUCUCCAGAAGCAAGGAAUCCAAACUCUACAACAGAAUAGGCCUUGUUGCGGCAUCCAGCAAAGAAAAUCGAUGCACUCAGGAAGCCUUCAACCCUGAAGAAGAGGUGGAUGAGUUUCUUGGACGGGCCAUCGAUGCGCGCAGCAUUGACCAGCUGAGGAGAGAUCACGUCAAGAAGUUCCUGCUCACCUUUCAGAGAGCUGACCUGGAGAAGAAGUUCUCCAAAAAGAUGGACGACCGCUUCGGAGGAUAUGUGGCGUGCACUCUUCUUGUGUUCUGUUUCAUCUGUUUUAUUCAGAUAAUCAUUUUUCCAAAAACAACACUUAUGCUUGGCCUUUACAUCAGCAUCUUCAUCAUCCUCACAAACAUCCUCUUCCUCUGUGCCAUCUAUUCCUGUGUCAAACUCUUCCCAGCUGCCUUGCAAACACUUACCGGAAAAAUAAUCCAUUCUCGAGCAAACAGGACAUUGGUGGGCGUCUUCACCAUCCUCCUCCUCUUUGUCUCGUCUUUUGCUAAUAUGUUUGCCUGCAGCAGAGACAAACUGAAGGAGUGUGUAGCUGAAGAGCUGAACACAUCCGUGAAUCUCUGCCUGCUUCACAACCUGACCAAGACAGCAGAGGACGGUCUGACUCUGUGUUUACGUCAAACCAUGCCCUGCCAUUUCCCUGAGUAUUUCAGCUACAGCGUGCUGCUGACCCUGCUGGCCUGCUCUGUGUUCCUCCACAUCAGUAGCAUAGGUAAGCUGGCUCUGAUGCUGUUCAUCCAGCUCACUUUCCUUCUACUGGUGGAGUGGCCUCAGGUUGUUUUGUUUGACAAUGCAGACCUGCUGCUGGUAGCCAACACACUGCAAUUAUCACCUGUCAAUGACUCCUUACAGCAAAUUGGUUUCAAUGAAACUAGACAAGAGUGCCUGGAUAGUGUGACUCAGGUACCCCUGAAGGUCAUGACCCCUGUUGUCCUGAUGGUGUUUGUGCUGGCUCUCUACCUGCAUGGCCAACAGGUGGAGUCCACUGCUCGUCUUGACUUCCUCUGGAAGCUGCAGGCAACAGAAGAAAAGGAGGAGAUGGAGGAGCUGCAGGCAUACAACCGCCGCCUUCUCCACAAUAUCCUGCCUAAGGAUGUGGCGGCUCAUUUUCUUGCACGGGAACGUCGGAAUGAUGAGUUAUAUUACCAAUCUUGCGAGUGCGUUGCUGUCAUGUUUGCAUCCAUCAGCAACUUCUCUGAGUUUUACGUGGAGCUGGAAGCCAACAACGAGGGGGUGGAGUGUCUGAGGCUGCUUAAUGAGAUCAUCGCUGAUUUUGAUGAGAUCAUCAGCGAAGAGAGGUUUCGUCAGCUGGAGAAAAUCAAAACCAUUGGCUCUACCUACAUGGCCGCCUCCGGCCUCAAUGACUCCUCCUAUGACAAAGAAGGCCGCUCGCACAUCCUGGCUUUGGCAGACUAUGCCAUGAGACUUAGGGAGCAGAUGAAAUACAUCAACGAGCAUUCCUUCAACAACUUCCAGAUGAAGAUUGGGUUGAAUAUGGGGCCUGUUGUAGCAGGGGUGAUUGGAGCCAGAAAGCCGCAGUACGACAUUUGGGGGAACACGGUGAAUGUGGCCAGCAGGAUGGACAGCACAGGUGUUCCAGACCACAUUCAGGUGACUACAGACUUGUACCACAUGCUGGUCAACAAUGGCUACCAGCUGGACUGUCGAGGAGUCAUCAAAGUGAAGGGGAAGGGGGAGAUGACCACUUACUUCCUCACCAGUGGUCCUGCAGGCAGUUAACAGACCAGCCAAUCGCCGGCUCACUUCCACUGCGUUAUUUCAGCAGACAAACUGAGGGUUCAGCUCGGCGGCGAGAUCUGAGGCGAUCUGCUGACACAUGGGGACAGAACUUGGCAACACAGACGAGCCAGUAUUUUUGCCACAAACUGACUCUAAUUCACACGUGUUUUGUGUGGUUUAUGUUUUAAAGCUUUUUCCCAAGCUGCCCGAAAGAUGAUUAAACCCAGUUGCCUUAGGAUGGAGCUAAAAAUCGCUUUUGUUUCUGAGCAAUACUAGUUUGUCUUGAUCUGUAUUUCAUUUGAAGUCGUUAUUUAUUUUUGUGAAGACAAAGUCUUUCUUAAAAGGAAAUAUGCAAGGACCACAUGAAGGAGAAUAACCAAAGAACAACUGUUUGUUAUGAAACACAUAUUUAUGAUUCCGUUAAAAUACAAAUAACCUACUUGUGCUAUUCCUCUUUUGAGAAAACAGGCCACGGCAACUUCUCUGUCAAUGACAGGGACAAAUUCCUUAUUUUGUGAAA